AUGAGUAGAACUUAUUCGUACGAGAUGGUGGACGAAUCUAUCACAAAGUCAAAAGUGAAUUUAAUUUCACAAAUACCAAAAGCAGUUCCGUUUAUUUUGUGUAGCAUUUUCUUUGAACGUUUCACUUCUGGCGGAAUUGCAGCUUCACUUGCUUUGUUUUUCAAUAAAAAAUUGGGAUUCGAUCCAAACAUAUCAACAGCACUUUUUCACACAUACGAAUGUUUAGCCAUGAGUCUUACAAUCGUUGGUGCAAUUGUUGCUGAUAAUUGGUUUGGACUUUUUAGAACGGUAGCUUCAAUGUCAAUGGUUUAUGGAGUUGGCAUAACUUUACUGUCGAUUGGAAAUGUUGAGCCGUUGGGUCUUUCUUUACCAGUUAUGACGUUGAUCGGCAUGUUAAUAUUGACCGUUGGUCAUGGAUUUAUUAAAAGCAACAGUAAUACAUUUGCUGCCAAUCAAUAUAAACUUCCGGAGCAAGCACAACAGUUUAGUUUCUACUUUUCAUUACAAUAUUUCUGUAUGAAAAGCGGAUCAAUCAUUGGACGUUUUAUAACUCCCGUGGUACGAUCUGACGUGAAAUGUUUUGGAAUGAAUGACUGCUUUCCUUUAGCCUUUGGUGUUCACGCGAUUUCAAUGUUUCUGUCAUCGAUUAUUUUAAUUAUUGGAAAACGAUAUUAUGCGAAAGAAAUUCUCAAAGGAAACAUGUUUGUCAGAGUUUGCGCAUGCAUCACGAAUGCUAUCAAAGAGAAGCUGAAGCAACGUGAUGCUGAUCCCAAAGACCACUGGUUAGAUUAUGCUGAAGAUAAACAUGGUGUGAAGCUGGUUAAUGACACGAAAAUGGCUUUCAAUGUUAUGCUUAUGUUUGUGCCAGUACCAGUCUUCUGGACACUUAUCAUGCAGCAAGGAUCACGCUGGGUAUUCCAAGCUACAAGAAUGAAUGGCGAUAUUGGAUUCUACACAAUCAAACCCGAUCAAAUGAUCGUUUUUAAUUCGAUUUUCAGUCUUCUUCUUGUUCCAGUAUUUGAAAGAAUUUUUUAUCCUUUAAUGGCAAAGUUUGGAAUUAAAACUCCACUUCAAAAAAUGGCAUGUGGAUUGUUUUGUGCUGCUGCAUCAUUUGUAAUAGCAGCAUUAGUUGAAAUUCAAAUCAACAGAAAUUUUAUUCACAUUUUAUGGUUGGUUCCCCAAUACUUUGUCAUGGUGAUGGGUGAAAUUAUGCUUUUAAUUCAAAGUUUAAAUUUUGCUUAUAAUGAAGCGCCAUCAAAUAUGAAGUCAGUCAUGCUUUCUUGUGUCUAUCUUUGCAUGGCUGUUGGCAAUGCUUUCAUGAUCAUUAUAAGCGGAACAAGAAUCUUUGAAUCACAAACUGUGGAAUUUCUUUUCUUUUCUGGCAUUAUGCUUCUUGAUAUGAUCUUUUUUAUACUCCUAGCUGUUAAAUACAAAUACGUUGAACUUUUAAGAACACCAAGGUCGGUUCCAUUUAUCUUGUGCAAUAUUUUUCUUGAGAGGUUCAGUUCUGCAGGUGUCACAGCUCUUCUCGCUUUGUUCUUAAAUCGCAAAUUGAAUUUUGAUCAAAAUGCUUCGACAGCUUUAUAUCAUACAUACGACUUUUUGAAUUAUUUUCUUACAAUUUUUGGCGCAAUUGUCGCUGAAAGCUGGCUGGGACUAUUUAAAACUUUAUCUCUUAUGAAUUUUGUUUAUGCUUUUGGUUCAGCGAUUGUUUCAUUAAGUGGAAUUGAAUCAAUUGGUUUGCCUUUGAAAUCUUUCUCAAUUAUUGGACUUCUGACAAUUCUCAUAGCUGCUGGUGGUUUGAAAAGCAAUCUCAAUGCUUUUGGCGGAAACCAGUUUAAGCUGCCAGAACAAGCAACUCAACUCGGCACAUUCUUCUCAUUGCAAUAUUUCUCACUCAAAUGUGGAGCAUCGCUGGCCAGAAUAACGUUUCCAAUACUUCGUGAGGACGUCAAAUGUUUUCAAAUGACUGAUUGUUAUCCAUUAGCUUUUGCACUUCCAUGUUUUGCAAUGCUACUCGCAUUUAUUAUUUUAAUUUGUGGCAAACGUAGUUAUAUCAAAGAAAGUGAUAAUGGAAGUAUGUUUGUGAAGGUCAUUGGAUGUGUGUUUACUGGAAUUAAACAAAAACCGCAAAAAACUGAGAUAAGCACAGAUGAUGAUCAUUGGCUUGAUCGUUCCGUAGAAAAAUAUGGAACGAAACUUGUAAUGGAGACUAAAAUUGUGUUGAACGUUCUCGUUAUGUUUAUUCCACUUCCACUGUUUUGGGCGCUUCAUUCACAACAAGGAUCACGCUGGGUAUUCCAAGCAGCUAAAAUGAAUGGCGAUAUUGGAUUCUACACAAUCAAACCGGAUCAGAUGAUUUUAUUUAAUUCUCUUCUCGGUGUUCUCAUGAUUCCUGUGUUUGAAUAUUUAUUUUAUCCUUUAAUGUCACGAUUUGGAAUCAACACACCACUCAGGAAAAUUGUACUUGGUGGAAUGUUUGCUUCUUUUUCAUUUGUUGUCGCUGCAGUUGUUGAGAUACAAAUUGAAACGAAUUUCAUCAAUAUUCUCUGGAUGUUACCACAAUAUCUUGUGAUGGUUAUGGGAGAAAUUCUCGUGUACACUUCUGUUUUAAAUUUCUCAUACACUGAAGCUCCAGCAAAUAUGAAGUCAGUGAUGAUGUCGUUCAUGAUGUUAACAGUCGCUGGUGGUAGUCUAAUUGUGAUUGUCAUAAGUGGAAUUGCCUUCUUUGACUCCCAAAUAUAUGAAUAUUUAUUCUUUGCUGGUGUUCUCUUUCUUGACAUUAUCUUAUUUGCAUUUUUAGCAACAAGGUACAAAUAUGUCAAUCAGACCCCUCAAGAGAAUGGAAUCGUAUGCGAAAUGUCUCAGAAAUCAGAUGUAGUGUUGGAAAGUGGAAAAAAUGGUGAAAAUUUGCCUGGUGCGAAGUUUCCAAAAUCAACUUAUUUCAUUUUGAUCAAUAUUUUCUUUGAAAGAGUUUCAUCUGGUGGACUUUUUGCAAUUAUGGCAAUUUUCAUCAAUGAAAAACUCAAAUUCGAUUCAAGUAUAUCAACAGCUUUGUUUCAUGUGAAUGAGUUUACACUUUACUUCUUCACGAUUAUCGGUGCCAUUGUAGCUGAGAGCUGGCUAGGAUUAUACAGAAUGAUAGCAUGGAUGUCUUUCAUGUUCACUUGCGGAACUUGUGUCAUCGCUAUCGUGUCGAUUGAUUCUCUUCAACUUCCCAUAAAAUCUCUUUCGCUUACGGCUCUGCUUUUGGUGGUUCUUGCUUCAGGUGCAAAUAAAAGUAAUCAAAAUGUUUUCGGUGGAAAUCAAUUUAAACUUCCCGAAGAACAAAAGCAACUCGACGCUUACUUCUCAAUUCAAUAUUUCGUCAUGAAGUGUGGCAUGUUAGUUGGUCAGAUUUCUGUUCCAAUUCUUCGAAAUGAUGUGAAAUGUCUUGGAAUGAACGAUUGCUAUCCUUUGGCAUUUGGAACUAGUUCAGUCUUGAUGUUUAUUUCUUUUCUUGUCAUUUGCUUUGGUAAAUCAUUUUACGUUCAUGUCCCACCAAGAAAAAAUAUGUUUUUAAGAGUUUGUAGUUGCAUUCUGAAUGCAACUAAGCAUAAGUUAAGCUCGUUUAGAAUAUCAAUUCCACCCAAAGAUCAUUGGCUUGAUUAUGCCGAAGAAGAAAAAUAUGACGCAAAGCUUGUAUCGGAUACAAAAUUGGUAUUAAGUGUGUUGACAUUGUUCCUUCCACUUCCGAUUUUUUGGUCAUUGUAUUCCCAAUUGAAUUCAAAUUUCGUUUUCCAAGCAUCACAAAUGGAUGGUAAUCUUAUGUGGUAUACACUCAAACCUGAUCAAAUGAUUACAUUAACAACGAUUUUCAUCAUCAUUUUAAUUCCUGUCUUUGAUCAGUUAGUUUAUCCACUACUUGCAAAGAUUUCUAUUAAAACACCAUUGCAAAAGAUGACGUGUGGAUUUAUUUGUGUUGGACUUUCAUUCAUUGUUGCUGCGAUGAUUGAAUGGAAAUUACAACAAGGAAAGCUUCACAUGCUUUGGCUUAUACCUCAAUAUCUUCUCACUUCUAUGGCUGAAAUCUUUCUAUGGGUCGCAAACAUAAGUUUCGUUUACACACAAGCACCCGACAACAUGAAAUCAGUAAUGACAGCUUUUGUCUAUUUAACGAUAGCUGGAGGUGAUUUGAUAAUCAUCACAAUCAGUGGAAGCAACUUCAUCAAAUCGCAAUUUUAUGAAUUUUUAUUUUAUGCAAUGCUUAUGUUCAUCAACACGAUGCUUUUCAUAGUUUUAUCGAGAAGAUAUCGGUUUGUUGAAAAGAAUGAAGAAGUUCAAAAAGCGGAUGCAGAAGAAAUAAAAUCUGAUGAAAUGAGUGAAAUAAAGUCACCCGUAGCGGUUCGAUUUAUUUUUUGUUUUUUAUUGCUAGAAAGAUUUUGUUCUGGUGGAAUGACUGCACUUCUCGCACUUUAUCUCUAUUUGAAGUUGAAUCUUGACACAAGCAUUGCUACUUCAGUCUUUCACAUCCACGAAUUUCUUGCAUAUUCCUUCACAAUUCUUGCAGCAAUUGCUGCUGAUAGUUGGAUUGGACAUUUUAAAACAAUUCUUUAUCUUUCAUUUUUUUAUACUUUUGGAUCGUUAACACUUGCUCUUGGAAACAUUGAGCCAUUGAACUUAUCAAUAGCAUUAUUUACUAUCAUCGGACUUGCUCCAAUGGUAUUAGGGGCUGGAAGUAUCAGAAUCAGCUUAAAUGUUUUAGGUGCAAAUCAAUACAAACUUCCUGAACAAGCAUCUCAACUCAGCUUUUAUUUUACACUUCAAUAUGUCUUUAUCAAGACUGGAUCAAUUCUCGGAAGAUUAAUUCUACCAAUAUUGGGAAAAGAUGUCAAAUGCUUUGAAAUGGAUGAUUGUUAUCCAUUAUCUUUCGGUGCAGUUGCUGUUGCAAUGUUGACGGGAGUUAUUUGUCUUUUAUGUGGAAAUGGAAGAUAUGUCAAGCAACCUCCUGAAGGAAACAUGAUGAUCGAAGCUAGCAAGUGUAUUGGAACUGCAAUUAUUGGAAAAUUCAAAUCGAAAAUAUCAAAACUUCCAUCGAAAAAUCAUUGGCUCGAUUAUGCUGAAGAGAAGUUUGGAUCUAAAGUUGUUGCCGAAACUAAAAUUGUUGUAAACAUUCUGAUACUUUACAUUCCGCUUCCAAUCUAUUGGGCUAUCUACGUGCAACAAGCUUCACGUUGGGUUUUCCAAGCAACAAGAAUGGAUGGAAAUAUUGGAUUCUACACAAUCAACGCUGAUCAGAUGAUUGUUUUUAAUUCAUUGUUGGGAGUUUUAAUGGUUCCAGUUUGCGAUUAUAUUUUGUAUCCCCUCUUGGCAAAAGUCAAAUUAAAGACAUAUCUUCAGAAGAUGACAGUAGGUGGAUUUAUUGCAGUUGCGGCGUUUGCAGUUUCAGCAUUUAUGGAGAUUAUAAUUGAGAAGAAUUUCAUUCACAUUCUAUGGCUUCUGCCACAAUAUUUGCUAUUGGCAUUAAGUGAGAACUUUCUUUAUAUUGCAAACGUUUCUUUCGCCUACUCGGAAGCACCACAAAAUAUGAAAUCAGUCAUGCAAGCAUUUAUAUUUUUAACAAUUGCCUUUGGAAACUUAAUAGUCGCUUUAAUAAGUGGAACAAAAAUCUUCGAAUCUCCAGCAUUAGAAUUAUUCUUUUUUUCUGGCACUCUAUUUGUUAAUCAAAUUAUUUUCGGUAUUUUGGCUUACAAGUAUAAGUAUGUCAAUGGAAAAAGUACGUAA